AUGAGAUUAAUCAAUUUUACAUGGAAGAGGGAUGGGAAUUCAACUUUGAGUCAACAGAGCAUUGAUGUCAGUGGUAAUAAUGAUAGUGAUGAUAAUGAUAAUGGAAGCAAUGGUAGUAGAGCAGAUUCCGAUGAGUUUAAUGAUACGGCUGAUUCUGAAGAUUUAAGUACUUCCCACGAUGGUGCUAGUACCAGUAGUACCACGAGUAGUACCAGAAUUAGUGCGACGGGGGGCAACAAUAGUAAUAGUGCGACAAAAACCGAUUCCUCAUCGUCUAAAUCUUCGUCAAUGAAUAGUAUUUCGACAACUUCCCUGCCGACUUCAACUGACUCAACUAGACCUUCUACAAUGUCAUUUGCAUCUACAGGGCCAACUACAUCCUCCAGUAAUGGUGCUAUAUCACUGCCAGGAUCUCCUACAACUUCCAGUUCUAUUUUUAGCACCAGCUCACCAUUUUCAAGUACUGGUAGUUCAAGCACAAGUAGUUUUAGUACUUCCACCACACCAAGUUCAUCCACAGAAUUUCCAACCAGUUCAUCCACCCCAUUCACAUUUUCAUCAUCAUCAUCAUCAUCAAGUUCAUUCAUAUUCAGUUCCCUGAGUUCAUCAUCAUCAGCCACCUCAUCAUUUUCAAGUAUAUUUUCCACUUCUACUCCAUCAACUUCAUCAUUCAUAGCUUCAAGUACCGAAUCAAGUACUUCUUCUUCAAGUGAAAUUGCUCCUACUUCAAGUAGUGUAUUUUUCGCUCCAUCAAGUAGUGAAACUUCGGAGUUUAUUGCUAGUUCUACAUUUGAUAGUUCAAGUUCCACUACAUCUUCAACUUCAAGUAGUGAAGAAGAAUCUAUAACUUCAGCACCAUCUACAAGUUCAACUUCAAGCUUUACUCCUUAUUCAACCACAUUAUCGAAACAUGGAACCACUUUAACUACAGUCAUAACUGUACCCACAUCCUCAACCGAAGAAAGCCACGAUUCUGGUACUUCUGAUAGAAAUGCCAAAUUAAUAGGAGGAUUAGUGGGUUCGAUAGGGGGUACCAUUGUUAUUGGAUCUUUGGUAUUAUUAUUCUUAUUCCUUAGAAAACGUAGAAACAACUCCCUCAAAAAUCAAUCACCGGAUUUCAAUGAAGACGUUUCUGAUGAAUCAAUGAACAAUGAUAAAUAUGGAUUUAAGAAAAUCUUUGGAUCCAAAGCUAACGAUGAAAGUCAUUUGAAAGGAUUGGAUCACAUACCUCCACCACCAGCUGAUUUCGAUGACAAUGAUUAUGAAUAUAGAGGGGUUACUAAUAGUAAUCUUGAUUCGGUAUUCAAAUCAUCAGUUUCAAAUUCUGCAAAUAAUACCACCGGAGCUAAUACGGGACAAAACAGUAGUAGGCAUACUAGGUAUAAUUCAUUCGCUCAACCACAAGGAAUGGCUGAAGAAGAUGAUGGAUUUAAUUUCAACGGAUAUCAUAAUAAUGAAAAUUAUCAGGAAUUAGAUCAACCAGCUCACAUCAGAGGGAUUUCAGAUGAUUUUGAUCCUUCUGACAUCGAUGAACCAGAAAAUUUACAAAUCAGAGGUAAUGUUUUUGGUGAUAGUACAGCCAGUAAUAAUUCUAGGUCUAGAUUUACUGAAGAGAUUAUAUAA